UUGAAUUCGUAAACAAACCAAACGCGCUAACUCGGGGCAAAAAAACACGCGAUAAAGGCCGAAAACUCGGAGUUAAAUCGCACAAAUAAUAUUCUCUGGGCUGUACGGCUAUUUGCAGAUAUGCCACGCGGAUGUGGUUAGUUUUCAAGCAGUAUGAACGACGGAAAGAAGAAGGGUUUGAGCUCCAGCCCGGAGGAGGGAAGAAGAGACGGCGAUCAAAACAGCGAGCUUUCAGAAAUCGUCCAGAGCAAGUCGAAAAUAAACAGGCUGAGGAGGAGUCCGCGAGCAAGCCAGCCCCAGCCCCGGGCCCAGCCUCAGCCUCAGCCCCGGGCCCAGCCUCAGCCCCAGCCUCAGCCCCAGCCCCAGGCCCAGCCCCGGCAUCAGGAGCCCUCCAACAGCUCCAGCAGCGUACCGGAUUUCAAAACACCCGUCCGUCUGCCCGCCCGUCUGCCAAAGGGCAGGUUUAGAAGCUCGACUAGCGACGAGUCUCCAAACAAUGAUUCUGAAUUUCAACAUGACAUCAUCUGGGAUCCAAACUCUCCAGCGACUCCCCAUAGAAACAGACGAGGCCGGAGAAGAACUACAAACGUCAAACUGGUGGACAUAUCAGAAAUUGUCAACCGGAUAGCUCCGAAGAGUCGGAGACCUGAAGAGGCAGAGUCUUCUUUGCUGCAGUGGAUUGGGGACAGUGCCAUUCCAUGCACUCCAGAGGUUCAAGAUCCCAGGACCAAGCCCAAAUCAGCAAGACCAAACGUUGUGGAUGACCUGCUAAAGCUUGCAAAGCAGUUUGACUUCAACAUGAUCCGGCAGGAUGAAUCUCAUUUCGAGACCAGACAGCAGAGCUCUGAGGAAGCAAUGGAUGAGGACCUGGAGCUGUUUUAUGAUGAGAAUCACCCACCAGCUCCACCGCAGAAGGACUCUGAAGCUGAGAGAGCACCGCAGGAGUUGCAGGAGGCUGACACAAGUGGUGGUGUUGAUGUUAUGGAUGAUGUGGCACUUGGGCAGGAAAUGGAGGAUGAUCUGGACUUGCUUUUUGAUGGUUCAACACAGCAAAUCAGUGGUUUUCUCAGCCAGGGUUGGAGUGGCUGUUCUCAGAAUAGGCCUGAAAUCAUCCAGGGUACAGCGGCUCCCAAUGGAAACCGCACUAGUGCUACUAAUGUGGCUGCUGUCACAGCAGCGCUGUGCAGUAGUGGCAGUCGUCAAAGUCUUGCGGCUGGAGUGGGCAGUGCCUCCGAACCAGGUAUUGCUAGUGUGUCGGCAAAACUGCAGCCUUGCAGUCCUAACGAUUUUGAAGACGACUGGAGUAAUGAUGACUUGCUAGAGGAUUCACUGUUGUUUGAGAUGACACAAAACCCACAGCUCUUCUCUGCGCCUCAGCAUAGCUCCACCCAGAAACAAGUGAACAAAAAAGAAGGCGGUAGUUUCACCAACAACAUGAAUGGCGCUUACCAUCACCAGCAAACUGGCAACAAAGAAAAGUCUAGUGCAUUACAAGAGUUAAACCAGAAGCUUGGUCACCAAUGGAAUAAGGCUUUGGGAGAGUUGUCUAGCAACAAUAACAAUUUAGGAUUUGCUAAGAACAGUCAACAAACGCAGGUUCUUCCUUCCUGCAAGGCUCCAUCGGUGGUUCUAGGUUCAGGUAACUCGCAUCCAGACCGGUGGCAGGGUUGCAUAUCUAAAGCUAGCAACCAAACACCAGAACCAGUCAAAGUGCAGAAACCUUCAGGAACAGCUAAGUGGGCAAUUCAACCUGGGACUAAAACCUCAUUAGUUUCUAGCUCUGCUUCACCCAAAUUCGUUUCUCCUUCCUCCAGCUUCGGGUUUGAUAGGAACAUUGAGAUCAUUGAGAAAAAGCAGAGUCAACAAAGCACAGAAGAACAUGGCCUGAGCGACAUCGCAGAUGAGGACCUGGACUCCAUCUUCGCGUCAGAUGAUAUCUGGGACGACGGGGCAGAUGACGACCUGUUCUGUGACGUGUGCGAGAAGGUGGAAGAAUUCACAGCUGAUUCAGACUCUCAUCUGGAGGCAUCUGUAGCAAAGACCCCUACAAAAAACAGCACAGUACAGAGCAGGACAUGUGUUUCCUCCAUGGAGACUGGUCAAAACACUGCUGCUAACAUGUUUCCCAAACAGGACAAUAUGAUUUCACAACCGUAUCCACCUAAUAGUUGGAUUAAUAAUAGCAAUGCUGCAAAUAUUAAGAACAAAUCUGUUCUUCCCGCAGUUAACGCUCUUAACUUUAGGAGCACGACGGGAGGGAAUUUGCUGGACGACAGCAGGAACUCUUACACCGGUACAUCAAGCAAAGGGCCUUACAAAUUUACCCAUGUGAAAAACACUUCAGGAGUUGGGUAUGGAGCCUUUAGUGCCAUGCCACAACAGCCGGUCAGCGAGAGGGGAGCAGGAACAUCCAACCAAUCAGCAAUUUCAGAUAAUCAUCAGUUCAAAACGCCUUUUAGCACCUUUAAUGCUGGGCCUGCUGUCACCAAAGACGUCGGUAAGGCGGCGGCGAGCAGGUGCAGUGAUGCUGAGAUUGAGCGGAAGAGGCAGCAGGCCAUGGAGAGGCGGAGACUGCGGAUGACGGCCAGUCAGAACCUUCGGGCUCCGAUAUGACACAACAUGACCAGGGAGAAAGACAGUAUAUGGUGAUGUGCAGAACGUCAAGCACUGAGUUGGACCUUCUGGGGGACGAAACAGCAGCACAUGGUCAGUUGUGUUCGGCUGAACCGAGACCUACAGCUGAAUCCAUUUUCUGCUCCAGACCUUGGAAACUAUCAGUCUGACAGACAUCAAGGAAUAUUUGGAAAUUUGCUGUACAGUUGUCUACCUUUUUACGCAGUUCAUCUCCCCCUCGGUUCUUGGUUAGCUGUGCAGUUUGUACAGAUCUUUCCUGCACGGUGUCUAUAUGUAGUUGUGUUCUUGAUGAUGGGGGUCCUACGUUUUCUUUUUAUUUGUUUAAAUGUCUUUUAUAUGUUGUCUUCUUGUUCCUGUACAUAUUCAAAAAAAUCCAAGCUUUCAAAUGCACUCAUAAUGUUUUAAUGGGCUCUUUAUUUUUAAAAAAAUUAUAAUAAAACAUGUUCUGUUUUGUCUGUUUUUGAA